AUAUACACGAGUUCAAAACUUGUAAACAAAGAACUCAAAACCCUAGCUUCGCACAAAAUCCCUCGGCUCUUCAAAGUUUCUCUGUUCUGUAGUUUUCUUCCUUGCUGAAGAAUCAGUCGGUGAGAGUAAGGAAUCAAAAAUGAGUGGAACAGGAGAGAAAGGAUCAGCAACCACCAAAACUCCAGCAGAUUUUCUUAAAUCUAUCCGUGGACGGCCUGUUGUUGUUAAAUUGAACUCAGGUGUUGACUAUCGAGGUAUCCUAGCCUGCUUAGAUGGAUACAUGAAUAUAGCAAUGGAACAAACAGAAGAAUAUGUAAAUGGGCAAUUGAAGAACAAAUAUGGUGAUGCCUUCAUACGGGGAAAUAAUGUGCUUUACAUCAGCACAUCCAAGAGGACGCUGGGAGAGGGAGCUUAGCAUCGUGCAUACGAGUGAUUGGUCCUAAUUAUCCUGGCAGUUUUAAUUAUGUAACCGACUUUUCACGACUUGUUUAUGAAUUUUCCUCUGAAUGUUGUAAUUUGUGUAGGUUUUGGUAGACCAUCGAUGUUAUCUUGAUUGCUGUUUCUUUACUGAGUCAAUGUCAUUUUUCCCAUGGCCAGGAUGAAGAAAUAGCAAACUUUUCAUGGUGGAUCUGUAUUUGUGUUCACAGUUCCAUUCUGACUUUAUUUGGAUAAUAGAUUGCAUAUAUAGUACUUGUCUUUGAUUCACCUAA